GUUGUGACUUCUGCGAAUCGCCGCAUGCCUGCCGGUGCCAGAUGCAGUCGAUGCCCGGGGAGCUGGUGGAGCUCGUCAAGACGGAGGACCGGGGCAUCGGGGUGCGCGCUCUGUGGCCCUUCCGCAAGGGAGACGUUCUGGGUGAGUAUGUCGGGCGGCUCAUCCCGAACGGCAGCAGGCCGGACCAGACCUAUGCUCUAGCGUGGGAGGCGCCGAGUGACCCUCGCACCCAAGGAAAGGUGUCCGUCGACGCAUGCUAUGAGGGCAACUGGACCCGGUUCGUCAAUCACGCCUGCGAGAACGCGUCAACCGAGUACCGCUGCCGGACCUUUGGCGACCAUGCCGCCAUGACGCUCGAGGCCACGCGGGAUAUCGAAAUGUACGAAGAGAUCACCGUCGACUAUGGGCCUAGCUAUUGGAAAAAGAGGCAAUGCCGCUGCGGGUCGCCAAAGUGCUAUUCCGCAAAACAGCCGCCGCCGACCACCCGAGAGGAAGCACGACCGCAGUGGGGGGGAGCAAGAAAAACAGAGAAGAACGUGACGAGAAUUCCCCUCAUGGAAAUAGGAGGCGAAGAAGGAAAGGACGUUGCUGAAGAAACACAGACCGAAGAAGGAAACGCAGGUGAUGAUAGUGAGAAUCUUGAGGGAGGCGGAGGAGAAGAAGAGGUGCUGUGUCCAGAUCCAUCAAAGAACCAUGGCGGAGAUAGUGAUCACCUGGAGAAGGAUGACCACAAGGACAAGAACUAUGUUCCAGAAGACGAUAGUGAUGGGGAUGAUGACGAUGCGGGACCGAUGGUGGUUGGAACAGCGGAAGUGAUGGAGUUGGGUGACUGAGUGAGAAAGUAAGAGAAUGAUGAAGC